AUGCUUCCUCGUCUCCUCACGCUGGCUACCGCCAUCUCUGGCGCCGCCGCUGCCACGGCCAUCCAGGGCUUCAACUACGGAUCUACCUUCUCCGACAACAGACCCAAGACACAGGUUGACUUUGAGAAUGAGUUCAGGACUGCCGCCAAUCUGGAGGGCACCAACGGCGCCUUCACCUCUGCCCGUCUGUUCACCACGGUCCAGGCCGGAACUAAAAACGACCCCAUCUCUGCCAUCGCCGCCGCAAUCAGUACCAAGACGAGCCUGCUUCUUGGUCUCUGGGCCUCGGCCGGCGAGGACGCCUUCAACAACGAGUUGCAAGCUUUGAAGACGGCCAUUGAGCGGUACGGCUCCGAAAUGAAAGAUGCUGUUGUUGGCAUCUCUGUGGGCUCCGAGGAUUUGUACCGCGCUUCACCCGUUGGCCAGGCUGCCUCUCCUGAUCCCGGCGCCACGGCCGGCACGCUGGCAGGGUACAUCAAGAAAGUCCGCGAGGUCAUCGAGGGAACAUUGCUGAGAGACGUCCCCGUCGGCCACGUCGAUACCUGGACCGCCUAUGUCGACCCGGGAAGCAAGCCCGUCAUUGACGCCAGUGAUUUCAUCGGCAUGGACGCCUACCCGUACUUUGAGAGCACCAAGCCCAACGGCAUCGGCGAGGCGGCCAAGCUGUUCCAGGCCGCCUUGGACGAGACGGCGAGGGUCUCGGGCGGCAAGCCCAUCUGGAUCACCGAGAGUGGCUGGCCCGUCAGCGGUCCCCAGGAAGGCUCUGCGGUCACCGGUCUGGACGACGCCCAGACAUUCUGGCGUGCGGUCGGCUGUCCCCGGUUCGGCAAGGUCAACGUGUGGUGGUACGCUCUGCAAGACAGCGCUCCCGUCACCCCCAGCCCCUCGUUUGGUGUCGUCGGCUCCACGCUCACCACCAAGCCCCUCUACGACCUGUCUUGCGACGAGAGCAACACCGCUAGCGGCAAGGACGCCCAGAGCUCCAAGCCUGCGGGCAAGUCCCAGGGCUCUGCUUCGUCUGCUACACAGGGCUCUGCUUCGUCUGCUACCCAGGGCUCUGCUUCGUCUGCUGCCCAGGACCAAGUGCCAAAGGCCUCCGGACCUGCCGGAACGUCGGUCCAGGGAGGCUCUGCGCAAAGUAUGACCGCCCCGGCCGGCGAUGGCUCUCAGCAGGGCGACCAGUCCAACGCCACGGUUGCUCCCCCUGCAAGCAACCGGACCACUCUCAACGGCGACACGGGCAGCGGCAGCGGCACCGGCGCCGGCGGCCGCAUGGGAGAGGACGCCGUCAACGGCAGCACCACGUACGUUGCUCCUGGUCAGGGCACCGCCAUCGGCGCCAGCGGCCUUCCCAGUGUCACCGUUCCUCCCAACUCCGGCAGCAAGUUGAACGCCUUUGUGGGUGUUGCCGUUGGUGCUGUCAUGGCCGCGGCCGCGCUGUAA